CUCGCUCCUUCAGUAUAAUUUUGUAAUGUUUAUAUUUUGUGUUCUUAUGUAUUUGUUGUGUUUGUUUUUGUUUUAUAUUCUCUCUCCCUCAUAUAAUUUUAAUUAUUUUUUAAAGAUUUCCUCAGAACAAUUAAUUUCUGCCUAUAUAUCACGUAUUCGUCGAGUCCAACCUUUAAUUAAUGCUAUUGUUGCUGAAUGUUUUGAAAAAGCAUUGGAAGAGGCUAAAAAUGUUGAUAAUUAUUUGGCUAAUUUGGAUGAAAAUUCUGAGGAAUACAAAAAUUUGGAGCAAAAUAAGCCUUUAUUGGGUGUCCCUUUCAGCAAUAAAAAUAAUAUGGAUGUUAAAGGUUUUGUGUCUGUUGCUGGUUAUGCUCCUUUUGUUAAUAAUCCACCAGCGGAAAAGGAUUGUGAUGUUGUUGAAAGACUUUGCAAUGCUGGAGCUAUUUUAAUUGCUAUAACAAAUUUACCAAAAUUGGCAAUGAAUUGGAGUUGUACAAAUAAAGUUUAUGGGCGUACUCGUAACCCUUAUGAUUUACGUCGAAUUCCUGGUGGAAGUAGUGGAGGGGAAGGGGCACUUGUUGGGGCUGGGGCUUCCCCUUUUGGUUUAGGAAAUGAUUUGGGUGGUUCUGUCAGAAUUCCAGCUUCGAUGUGUGGAAUUUUUGGGUUAAAACCAACAAAAGAUGCUGUUUCGCUUAUUGGUUUUACGCCCAAAAUAGACACAGAAAUGGGUAAAGCCCAAUGGACGAUUGGUCCUUUGUGUCGCUAUGCUGAAGACCUUCCUCUCGUUUUUAGUAUAAUUUCCGGAAAGUUACAAUCUGAGGUGGAUUUUCAAAUUGACUUUAGCCAAGUUAAAAUUAUUUAUAUGGAUAUUUUAAAUAUUUGGUUUAUGGAAAAUGUUCAUUCAGAAUCUGUUCGUUUCUUCGAAACAGAAUUUAAUGUUACUGCCCAAAAAGUUGAAUUUCCAUUAGCCAGUCAUCUCUACGAAAUUUGGGGUGCUUUGGGCUUUGGCACUCCCGCAUUGAGCAUUCCAGACAUUCUUAAAGAAUUCCCAAAAGUAUUUAAUGAUAAAUCAGAAUUAACUAGUUGUGCGUGGAUAUUCUCUCUUAUACAUGCAUUUGUAGAUGUACGAGAUGAUAAUGAAAAGGAAUAUAUGCUUAAAAAACUUGACAAACUUCGUCACCAAAUCAAACAAGCACUUGGUGACAAUGGUAUCCUUCUUUUGCCAACAUGGCCUACACUUGCACCAUUCCAUCACCAAGACUUGUUUACAAGCAUUAAUCUCGCCUUUACAGAAUUAUUUAAUAUUCUGGGCUUCCCAGCUAUAUCCUGUCCCGUUGGUAAUCACAAAAAAUGUUUAUUUAGACUAAGUCUGUUUACUUUUACAGGAUUGGAUUCAUCAAAACAAAUCCCUUUGAGCGUCCAAAUUGCUGGACCACCCAAUUCAGAACCGUUAUUGAUGGCUGCUGCCCAGGAACUUGAACGAGGAUUUGGCGGAUGGGUACGCCCUUGA